UAUAAAUACCAGUCGAUCCCCCAAAAAUUUUAAAAUUUUUCAAAAUGGGCAAUGUUCAGUCAGGAAAUAACGGAAAACCCUCGAAACAAGAGGAUCAGGAGAAAAAAAAAGAGUCUAAAUAUGAGCCACUGGUUAUGUCUACACGUAUAGGAAGGAGAUAUAAUAGAAAUAAGGGGCCGGAUGCAUCAUAUAAGUUUCCAAUGGUAUAUCCGACGACAAGAUGUCGUUUGAAGCUUUUAAAGAUGGAAAGGAUCAAAGAUUAUUUGUUAUUAGAGCAGGAAUUUGUAUCUAAUCAGGAGUUGUUGAAGCUUGAUUCUGAAAAAAGAGAUCAAAAAGGCGAAGAAGAGGAUGAUGAUAAGCUUCAAAGUUUAAUUGGAAGUCCUAUGGGGGUAGGAACGUUGGAAGAGAUGAUUGAUGAUGAUCAUGCAAUUGUAUCAUCAGCUACGGGGCCGGAAUAUUAUGUUUCUAUUAUGUCUUUUGUAAAUAAGGAUUUACUUGAGCCUGGAUGUUCGGUAUUAUUACAUCAUAAGGCGGUAUCGAUUGUUGGGGUGUUAAGUGAUGAUAUUGAUCCAAUGGUAUCGGUGAUGAAGUUGGACAAAGCACCGACGGAGUCGUAUGCGGAUAUUGGGGGGCUUGAAUCACAAAUUCAAGAGAUCAAAGAGACGGUAGAAUUGCCAUUAACACAUCCUGAGUUGUAUGAAGAGAUUGGAAUUCGACCGCCUAAAGGAGUUAUUUUAUAUGGUGAGCCAGGGACGGGAAAGACAUUAUUAGCAAAGGCGGUAGCGAAUCAAACGAGUGCAACCUUUUUACGUAUUGUUGGAUCAGAAUUAAUUCAAAAAUACCUUGGAGAUGGACCAAAAUUUGUCCGAGAGCUCUUUCAAACGGCACAGGACAAUUCACCGUCUAUCGUAUUUAUUGAUGAAAUCGAUGCUAUUGGGACGAAAAGGUAUGAUUCAACAUCAUCAGGAGAACGAGAAAUACAACGAACGAUGCUUGAACUUUUAAAUCAAUUGGAUGGGUUUGAUGAUCGUGGAGAUGUAAAGGUAAUUAUGGCAACAAAUCGAAUUAAUGAUUUGGAUCCGGCAUUAAUACGGCCCGGAAGAAUGGAUAGAAAAAUUUUGUUUGAAACACCAGAUCAAAAUACAAAACGUAAAAUCUUUCAGAUUCAUACGAGUAAAAUGAAUCUCGGGGAUGAUGUAUUAAUUGAAGAGUUUAUAACAGCUAAAGAUGAAAUGAGUGGCGCGGAUGUAAAGGCAAUUUGCACGGAAGCUGGUCUGCUUGCUCUUAGGGAACGAAGAAUGCGUGUAGUUGCCGAUGACUUUAGAAAAGCUAAAGAACAUGUAUUAAAAACCAAACAAAAAAAUAUACAAGGCGAACUUUAUAUAUAAACUUGUGUUUUGUGUAGAAAAUGGCUCAAUCAAAUCCUCAUAUACC